CCUCAGUUUAAGUUCUCAUCGAGGCGGAUGAACGCCACAUUGGGUGCUUCUCUUUAUUUCCCCUCCUGUUUCAACAUAAAAGUACAUGAAGAAGUCGCUCUUGUGAAGCUAUAAACAAAAAAUCCUGCAGAAGUUUUUUGUGUGCCAGUGUCAAUGCAACAACCAACAACAUUCCAUAUUUUACAAAUAAAUCCAUUCCUUUAGUUUAAUUCUUGUGAAAAUGAAGAAUUUCUGUGAAAGUGCUUCAAUUCAUCGAAUUUUUCUUAAAUUUUUUAUAUUUUUAACGAUUGCUGAAAGAAUCCAUUGUCAAGACUUUGGAUAUGAUGGCGAUAAAGGGCCAAGCCAUUGGGGUGAGCAGUACAACACGUGUUAUGGGAAGCACCAGAGUCCCAUUAACAUUGACUCCUUGGACGUAGUACCGGUCAACUUGCCACCACUUGAGUUUAUUGGCUUCGAUGAGCAACCGGCUAAUACCAAACUCUCAAACAAUGGGCACACAGUAAUGCUGGAGGUGGACAGUGAUCCACAGCCUGCAAUUUCGGGUGGUCCCCUGGAUUGUCCGUAUGAAUUUAUGCAACUACAUUUCCAUUGGGGUGACAAUGAUACGGUAGGCAGUGAAGAUCUCAUUGAUAGCCGUAGCUUUGCCAUGGAGCUCCAUGUUGUCUUCUACAAGAGUGCCUACCGAAAUUCCCGAGCAGCUCUUGAUCACGAAGAUGGGCUAGCUGUGCUGGCUUUCUUCUUUGAAGUUUCACCCUAUGAUAAUCCUAAUUUUGUAAAAUUCACCGAUCUCCUCGAGCAGGUACGACUACCGCACACUAAUGCAACAUUUGUGGAUCCCCCAACUCUGAGGCAACUCAUUGGGUACGAUACUACUCACUACUAUACGUACAAUGGGUCACUCACAACCCCACCGUGCAGUGAAGUUGUCGUUUGGAUUGAUUUCAAGGAACCCAUAGCUCUCUCCCAUAAUCAGAUUGAGAAAUUUCGUGCUCUCGAGGACCACGAAGGGGCAAAGAUGACCCACAAUUUCCGCCCUACACAGCCAAUUGGUGAUCGUGUGGUACUCUUCAAUACGGACGAAAUAAUUGAGAAUAGUUUGAAUAAAAAGUGGCCCCCAUAUGAUGUUGUACCCGAAAUUCCUCCUCCACCACAUGAAGCACCAACAAAGCCAGAAGAUAGUAAUGUUGAGGAAAGCAUUCCAGAUGAUGUGCUAACAGAGCCAAGUAAUACGCUCGAAGAAAAGUCCGAAAAGCCACAACACAUGAAGAAAGGCUUGAAACGAAUAUUCAAAAAGAAUUCUGCGUGGACAAUUCGCACUGAUUCGUACCUCGUACUUGCCAUUUCUCUCCCUGUCCUCAUCAUCUCAGCCGCAGCGCGUGUGUAAAUUGAAUGUGUGAAUCGUGCCGUAGAAAUUUCUUUUCCUUGGGUGUAUUGCUGUACUUGAGAUUGCCGUUGAAAAUCAAUGCUAUAUUCUUCAUUGUGUGAGACUGAAUAAAGAAAUAAUGUGUAUAA